UGGGGUGGGGGUGGGAAAGGGGGUCAAUAUGGGGUAAUUGCUGACGGAUAAGCGUCACUUCGCCAUCACCUCUCAACCCAGUCGGACGUCGAAGCCUCAUCUCCAAGAAUGGAGCAAGCUAACAAACAUUUCAUCUUGAGAACUGCGGAACGCAUCUCUUUCCGCUUUGAUAUCUAUCUGGGCGAUGCUGGGGGUAAGCGAAGCCGUGCUGACCAUGAGGAUGUCAAUGUGGAGAAAAUGUCAGAACCUGCAAAGAAGAAAUUGAUCUUUAGUGAUGACGACAUGUCGCCACUGCCGGCCAGCCCACCUCCUGACGCUCCAUCAGGACAGGAGUCGCAACAGCAGCAGCCGACAUCGCAGUCGAUUCCGCCACCUCAGGAGUCGCUGAUGCCACCUCCGACCGAAGCACAGCCGCAACGGUCAGAUGAGUCGACAGUAGGCGGCAAAGAGGGUCAGGAGGUGAAGAAGAAGUCGCAGGAAAACAGAAAAAAAAAAAAUAUUCCCCCUAACACGCCAGAGGACGACAGCACACCAAAACUCCCCGUUGCUCCAGCCGCCCCUCGUAAGAAGCUGGUUCCUAGAGUUAUUAAAACUACGCCCGUCAUUGACAGCGAUGACGAUGAUCUCUUCGCCUUCAAUUCGCAAAUGUUUUGAAUGAAAGAGAUGUAUUUGCCCUAAUAAGCAAUGAGCUGUAUUUGUCCUAAUAAAAAUAAAAUGUUCCAUCGACUCUGCAUAACCUUUCUAAUAAUAAUAAUAAUAAUAAUAAUAAUAUUAAUAAUAAUAAUAAUAAUAAUGAUAGUAAUAAGAC